AUGGACGGAACAUCUACAGAAGACGAUGCCCUCUCCGGUAUGGUUGACAUUUUGUCUCUCGCCAUGGACAACACAUCUUUCAGCUCUACCACUAAACCAACCGCGACCUUUGAGCUGUUCAGUCAAUUCCCCGCCGAGAUACAGUGGUGCGUCUUCGAACAAUUGCUCGACCUAGAAGGCCUAGGACGUGGCCCAGCAGUGCACUUCCUAACCGGUUUCCCCAGAACGUUGGCAAAGGCACUGUUCAGCUCUGACCCAGACGAGAGGAUGGAUACAGGGCUCAGGCAUAACUUUGCACAGGGCAUCGACUUUGUAACUCAUGAUACCAUGAGCCUUCUCGGAAGUUUCAAGCGCACAGAUCGGCGCGGACGAGAGUAUAUCCCAAACGCCAUCCCUCAUCACAUUCGUCUCCCGCAAAUUGCCCAAACAUGUUCGCUCGCAACGCGUGUAGUCCGAACUCACCAACAAAACAAGACGCCAGUUGGCCUGCACGGUGGCAGGUCUAUUCUCGUCAACGAAGAGGAUGACUUGUUCUAA